AUGACCGCGGUGUGGAAGCAGAACGCGCUAUUUCGGACCCUGGCGUUUUUAGAUGUUGUGGGUCUGCAGCCCUUCUCGGUCCUGAGCGACCUCACCAGCGACGGGGAGUUCGUCGAUGCGGGGCGCAUCUUUGACGCCGGCAGCGCCAUCCAUGGCGUCUUGUCGAGUGGACUUAACGCCUUCCGCGCUAACAUCACACGCCUCUUCUUGGACGAGGAGGAACGGGAGCAAUUGCUUCGGCUAGUAGGAAGUUCGGCGGAGUCGUCCUCGGCAUUUAGCCGAGGUGUACUUGUACCGCCCUCGCUUGGGGCGUUUGUUGAAGUUGUGGAGAGUGAGCUGCCAAUGUGGGCCCUUCUGCGCAUCAAGGAGGCAUUUGCACUGACGGACGGGACAACGACACUGUCGGAGCAGUUUCUUAUUGACGCCCUUGACAACUGGAUGGGUCAAAGAGCCCCGAGGGAAAACGACGCUCUCGUGCUGGCGUGCGGGGUGCAGCCGGCGGUGCUGGAGGCUGCGCGUGCACGAGGUGAGGAACUUCCACAUGCCGUCGAGGACUUUAUCAUCGACGUCGUGUUUCCAGCUCCACCGUCGGUCGAUGGGGGGCAGAAGGGGAAGACCUGCGUGCUCGAUUGGUUGAUCGCCUCCUACGAGAAGUGUUACGAGGCGGUCGAUGUCGACGACGACGACGAGGAGGAGGAGGAAGCGUCCCUGGGAGCGUCUCCCAAGAAGAAAAUGCGGAUAGAAGAAAGUGGCGGGGAGGAGUUUCUCACGGCGGAGAACCUCGACCAGUUCAUGCGGGAGCGGCCCUCCGCUGUCCCGAGGGAAAUCCUGCGCGAGCGACGACGAUCCCUCCAGGACCCGGCCAUCACGAAGUUUGAGCUGCAAAACCACUACGCUGCAACUGAGCUCGUGGGGUUCGUCAAGGCGGAAUUGGGGGAGCGGCGACGAUUGAAGAAGGCUGAUUGCGUUCGUGCGAUUCUAAAGCAUCACAACUCAACGACAGCGGCAACCAUGCCCAAAGAAGAAAGGAAGGAAAAUGCGUGCCAAAAAGACAGCAAAGAAGGGCAAUGGAUACAUGGUGAAGAACCGAGCGUUGUGUGA